AUGGCUAGACCGUUUGAGCCUGUGAAGAACAUUAAUGAUACGAAGGAGCUUUGGAAACUUGCUGUUCGUAUCCAUCACAAAUGGACAGUUGUUAAUAAGAACAAGGAACAUUUUGAGUUGGUUGUCGUUGACAAAGAUGGUUGUGACAUCCACGUCAAAGUUCCACAUCCUUUUAAACAAGCCUAUGAUUCACUAUUAACCGUUGACAACACUUAUACAAUCUCAAACUUUCAAGUCUCUCUUAAUGAUUUAAUUUUCAAGCCUUCAGAUCACAAGUUUAUGUUGACAUUUACUGGUGGUACAUCUGUUACAGACAAGAAUAAACAUGAUAUUCCUGCAAAGCCACUUAUAUUCACUUCUUUUACUGAUAUCAUGACUGGGAAUUGGAAAAAGGAUGUUCUAAUAGAUGUCAUUGGAAUGGUGACAGAAAUUGGUUACACCCAACUUCAACAAGGGGGCAAGAAACAGCAGAUCAAUCUAUUGUUGAAAGAUUUGUCGAACAACAUUUUGAAUUGCACUUUGUGGGAAGGAUAUGCAGUGCAGUUCCAUGAUUUCAGUAAGAAUCGAAAGGAUACCACUCCAAUCAUAAUUGUUUUGCAAUAUGCAAAAGUCAAGGAAGAAGGUCUCAUUUUAUUAUACAUCCUACCAAAAUACACUGAAUCGGAAUCUUCAAGCCAAGCUUUGAGUUUGCAGUCCCAAACUAUGUCACAAUACUCAAAUUCUUCUCAGCACAGUCUUUAUGAUAAGCUUAUGUAUAAGGCAACUGUACAUCCUUUGGCUGAUAUUCUGGCUCAAUGUGUUACCGUGGCAACGAUCACCAAACUGAAAGCUGCUCAAGGUGGAUGGUAUUACCAAGCAUGUCAUGAGUGUCCUAGGGUUGCCAAAGGAAUGCUACCACCUUAUGAAUGUCCGCUUGGCCACAAAACAGAAACUGCAAUUUACAGGUAUAAAAUUUUAAUUGAGGUUUUUAAUGCUGGAACUAAAGCUACCUUUGUAAUAUGGGACCGUGAAGCUUUUCAACUUUUGAAGGUCACUGCUGCUCAGAUGCGCACUAACUUGAUUGAGGCUGGCAUUACGGACCCUCUUGAGUUCCCUGCGGCACUUGAUACUUUAGUUGGAAUGACCAUGGUUUUCAAAGUCAAAUGGCAACCUGACUGGGACAAUGGAUCUGUUAUGUCUAUACUUGAGGAUGACAUUGUUAAAAGGGAUAUACUGCGUUCCUUUGGCCAGGAAUUGCCUAAUUCCCAGAGUAUAACCACUCCUAAUCUAACCCAGAACAAUGAGAGUGUUGCUGAAGCUUCUCAAUUGGACGAUUGGGACAUCAUUCCGGAAACCGAUAUUACGUCUAAUACAUUGUCGGAACCGCUUACACAAACAUCAGCUGCCAAACGGAUUGCUCCACAUGAAUCACAAGACAUUACUCCUUUGUCCCAGACGUCUGAAGGACAACAGUCUUCAACAAAAUUGAAAAAACAUAUCAAACUGGAGAAUUAG